GUCUUCUUUCACGGUCUCGGCGGCAAAAAUGAGGAGGCGGAAUUGCAGGAUUCGCCCAAGAAGACCAGCGGCAAGAUGGGGAACAUCAACGGUCAUGCGCCGUGCUGCUCGACCGUCAAGUACGCGAUUCUCAACACGAUCGACUACGGCUGGACGAACGAGACGCUGCAGAACAAGUUCUGCGACCACAGUCUGUCGAUGAGCCCCUCCAGCGACCUGGCGUCGCGCACAAUCAAAGACAUCAUUGUGCUGACGCACUCGAUGGGCGGCCUCACGAUGGCCGGAGCUCUGGCCAACGGACGAUGCAGCUUUGGCGAUAACGCCUUGUGGGUGAGCAUGAGCGCCCCGAUGAUGGGGAGUAUGGCCGGAGACUACAGCCAGGACCUCUGCAAUGGUGACGGCACGGCCAAUAUAGUCCCAGACUUGCUGGAGCUCAUCGGAGAGUGCCCCAUAUCCCUCGUUCGCAAGUCGAUUUCGUACCAGAACGAGAAGUACAGUACUCCGGAGCUAAACGCGGCGUACGUUGCUGCUCAAGAGGCUUACCGAGGGAACGUGAGUGCCGCCAUGUGCAGCAAAAACUACCAUGGCGUCGUCUCGCAGUACCAGAUCCAGAGUGUGCUCGGAGGAGAGGUGAUCCCGCACAAGUCGCCGCAGAAUGACAGACUCGUCGAGUUCCAGAGCUGCCUGGGAGGGCUUUCGGAGGGCUUAUUUGGCAACAGCUACCUUGACCGGUUCUACUCGCCGAAGCUAAAUCACGCAGACACGGCGUUUUUGACGCAUGAUGGAGUCUUCAAGGACAAACAGAAGCCAUUUAGCUGGUUGGAGUGUUUAUUCGGGAUCGAAAACUGA